AUGAAAUCAAAUGAGACCCAGGCUCAGGCCGGUCUACAGGGUCUGAGGGAGACCCAGGCUCAGGCCGGUCUACAGGGUCUGAGGGAGACCCAGGCUCAGGCCGGUCUACAGGGUCUGAGGGAGACCCAGGCUCAGGCCGGUCUACAGGGUCUGAGGGAGACCCAGGCUCAGGCCGGUCUACAGGGUCUGAGGGAGACCCAGGCUCAGGCCGGUCUACAGGGUCUGAGGGAGACCCAGGCUCAGGCCGGUCUACAGGGUCUGAGGGAGACCCAGGCUCAGGCCGGUCUACAGGGUCUGGGGGAGACCCAGGCUCAGGCCGGUCUACAGGGUCUGAGGGAGACCCAGGGUCAGGCCGGUCUACAGGGUCUGAGGAGGACUGGGUCUGGUCUGGUCCCACCUCAGUGUUAA